AUGAAAGGUCUCCGCUGGCAGUACACUCGACUGCCCACUCAGAUGGAGGACGCCUUCUCUGGGGAGGAGGAGGAUGAGGAGGAGGAUGUGGAGGAGGCAGAAGCAGCAGAGGCAGCCCCUGGCCCUCCGCCUGCAGACCCUGUGGAGCCACAGCUGACAGAAGCCAGCCAGGUCCUGGGCACCUUGGAGAUCAGGCAGCUGAGCCUCCACUUACCCCCGAGAGUCGCCAGUGGCCUCUGGAGCCUGGUCUUCUGCACAUCGAGAGACGGCUUCAGUCUGCGGAGCCUGUACCGGCAGAUGGAGGCACACGGGCCAGUGCUGCUGCUGCUCAGAGACCAGGAUGGGCAGAUAUUCGGUGCCUUCUCCUCCUCGGCUCUCCGACUCAGCAAAGGCUUCUACGGUACUGGCGAGACAUUCCUCUUCUCCUUCUCCCCACAGCUGAAGGUCUUCAAGUGGACAGGAAGUAACUCCUUCUUUGUGAAAGGGGACUUGGACUCACUGAUGAUUGGUAGUGGCAGUGGCCAGUUCGGGCUGUGGUUGGAUGGAGACUUGUAUCGUGGGGGAAGCCACCCCUGUGCAACCUUCAACAAUGAGGUGCUGGCCCGGCAGGAGCAGUUCUGCAUCAAAGAGCUGGAGGCCUGGGUUCUUAGCUGA